UCAGCUGAACGUCAUAAACUUAUCAUAAAGUCAUAUUAUAAUAUUAUAUUAUAUUGUUUGUAAAACAAAAAAUUCUACAAAAAAUGGGUGGUUGUACAGCGGUUAACUGUUCUAAUUCACGUAGCAAAGGUUUUCGUCUUUUUCGGUUUCCAAGAGAUCCUAAAAGACGAAAAGCUUGGUUACAAAAUUGUCGCCGUGACAAAUGGAAGCCUACAAAUUCAUCUGAGUUAUGUGAAAUCCAUUUCGAAGAAGGACAAUUCGAACAACAUCGUCUGGAUGGUGUUAAAAAACUUAAACCAAAUGCUAUACCAACAUUAUUUAAUGUAUCAAAUGCACCUCACUUGUUGAAAACUAAAAGAAAAUCUACGUAUAAAGUAAAGAUCAUACGUAAGUGCAACAACGGUAAACUUAAAAAAAAUGUUUCUUUGACUAAAAAAAAGUUAUCACAAACAGAAAUGAUAACAAAUAAUGUAACCAUCGAUGAUAAAAAUCCUGAGCCGGUUAGCUGCUUGAAUGAGCAAUGUUUGUUACUAGAUCCAAUAGUACCUACUAAUCCGGCUGGCUAACAAGCUGGGCCGUGAAGACAAUGAACAAAGAUCCUGGACUGGCGGGCAUCAAAGCCAGUUCUAGGAUCCAACAAUGCGGAAUCGGGCCAUAAGCCACAAACUUUUAUUUCAUUUUAUAUUCAUAAAAAUUCAUUUGUGUGCGUCCUUCGGGACUUUUCGGUUUUUUUUUUUGUUAUCUAAAUUCUUGUAAACUUACAUGUGCAUCCUAACGGAGUUUUCAGUUAAUUAUUAAUUGUAAAUUGAUUUCAUUAAUAAAUGAUGGCGGCGUCGCGGAAGUAAUGUGCAAGCAGUCCCCGUGUCGCCGUCGGUUCAAACAGAAAAAAAAAAGGUACCUACUAAUUACUAUUGUUUCAAAUUUAUAAAGUAAAAAGUUUUGUAUUGUAACUGUAUAAGUAUCAAGUAUGAUACCUACUAAAAUGUUUUAUUUUGUUA